UUGUCUUUUGAACACAUGACAUUGAUAUUUUAUUUAGCGAUAGCGGCUGAUAAGCAAUUUCUAACCAUAUUAAACUCAGUACCUAAACCUAUUUGAAUCUAUCUAAUCUAAGAUUUUCAUUAUUUGUAAUCCCUUUUUGAGAAAUAGAUCUGUAGUUUUAUAAAAUAUAAAAUUAAAUUAGAUUCACAGAAUGUCUGACAUUAUAACAAGUCUUCAUUUAGAUAGAGAAACCCAGAAACAUAAAGUAAUAGUUGCUAAAGAGCUUAAUGGCUGUAAUAGUUCAUUUAUAACCAGCUGUGUUCUUGGACACUGCAUCAAAAACAGGAGAUCAGUAUUUAUUAUAAGUUUGCAUAAUUCUAAAGAUCAUUACCAGAAUGUAGGACUGAAGAUGAAUUAUAAUCUAGUGAGAAACAUUGAGAGUGGCCUUAUACAAUUUUAUAAUGCAGGUGAAGAACUAACAAGAGCAGUUUUGGCAAAUGAUCAUAUUAUAUCUGCUAGCGAUUUACUUGCAAAAAUUAAAAGACAAAUAGAAUGUAUGCACGACACAAAUAAGUCAGUUAAUAUUAUAUUUGAUGGUGUGACCCAUUUAUUUGAUUUACAGUACAGUUUGAAGGAUGUGAAUUUUAUAUGUAAAGAAAUUAUUGAACUUGUCCGAGGAUUUGAUAACUCAUUUGCAUUGUUACAUUGCAAUGCAGCUUGUGAAACUGAUGAAACUCAUGUGUUAGCCAAUUUACUUGCUCAUAAAGCUCAUGUACUUGUGGAAGUGGAUCAUUUAGCAUCAGGAUGGAGUGCUGAUGUGUCUGGACAUAUUACAUUCAAAUACCCAAGUCGAAAGUUUGAAGCAGAGCACACAAAUAAAUUGGAGCAGAAACCAUCUCAUCACUUAUUUAAGCUCUUUGAUAGAGGAGUAAAGUUAUUAGCUCCAGGAGCUGUUUGACAUUAAUUUUAACUAAUAUGUGAUAUGUUGUUGCUUAUUUUAGUUAAAUAUGUAUUUUGUUGAAACAAUAUAAUUAUAUACAAUCAAGUCCAUACAAUACAAGUAUGCUUCACUCUUAAGCAAUGUCAAUUUUAAAACAAUUAUUUUUCUUCUUGAUGCCAUAAUUAUAAGACCUUUUAUCUCCGAAAGUCCUUUUUAUCAAACUCUUAUAAAUAGAUGACUUCCUACAGUGAUAAGAUUAGUUACCUUAAGAAAAGUUGAUUUUAUAGUUUACAUAAAUAACAGCAUAAUAAUUUAAAAUAACAAUGGAAAUUUGUAAGGCUUUAGCUUUUAUAGAUUAAUAGCUUUGGUGGUGACUACUUGUCAGACCUGCCAUAUUAAAGAAUAUCUAUGAUAAUAUGAAGUUGUAGUAAUUUUGUUAAAUUACUACAACUUUCAUCAUAUUUUACUAUCUGGGUUAGGUUUGUUACAUAUAAUAUACAUUGUAAUAUUCUAACUUAUAAAUACAUGUAUAAAUUACA